AUGUACCUUACAGCAACAGCUAUGAAUAAAUUAAUCAUGUCAUCAUAUCAAGAAAGUCUUGAAAUGCUUGAUGGAAAAGCAUUGCCCAUCAGACAAAGACGAAGCUCAUCCAUAUCGUCCAUCCGUGGCUUUACAUUUAGUCGCCAAACUGAGACUGAGACUCAAGAGAUUGGACGAGCUGCUGAGGUUUUUCAAUCAACUCUGCAAGGCCUUGGGAAAAAAUUGAAGCAGAGGUAUAAAAGGGAUGUCGUAUCAACAGGUUUGCUUUCGUGGGAGCAUAUGGAGCUGAUCGCGGAGCUCUCAGGAUGUCCGCCUCCAGCACAUCCGACUGACUGCCAGUAUAGUCACCUCAGCAAAUAUCGUUCCAUAAAUGGCAUGUGCAACAACAGGUACAAUCAUUACUGGGGAGCAUCCAACAUUCCUUUGGUAAGGUGGCUCCCACCUCAAUAUGAAGAUGGAGUGCGACAACCCAAAGGUUGGAACAAAGGAAGGCUGUAUAAUGGAUUUGAGCUUCCCAUGCCAAAAGAAGUCAGCAAAAAUAUCAUAGAGAGCGCUACCAAAUGUAAAGAUGAUACCUACUCUCAUAUGCUUGUGGAGUGGGGCCAGUACAUUGAUCAUGACAUAACACUGACUCCUCAAAGCCCUGGGAAACCUGGUGAUGACUGCCUGAACACUUGUGAAAAUGUGUAUCCCUGCUUUCCAAUCCAGGCACAUGAUAACGUCUCAAGUCCACAAAACUGCAUGCCUUUCAAUCGCUCCUUACCAGCCUGCUUCAAAGGAUUUCUCCCUGAUAUUUCUCAAGCCUUGCAGCAACAACAGAUCAAUGCCAUCACAUCCUUCAUUGAUGCUUCAGUUGUGUACGGCUCCAGUCAAAAAGCGAACAACUUUCUGAGAGAUCUCGAUGGGUUCAAUGGGAAAAUGCGGGCUAAUAAGCACUUUAAGGACAGCCACGGAAGACCUUACCUUCCUUUUGAAGAAUCUCUAGAAUCAGCCUGUAUCCACAGUAAGAAAAAUGUGGCAUGUUUCCGUGCUGGAGAUAGUCGGGUCAACGAGGGCCUGCCUCUGACCAGCUUGCACACACUUUGGGUGAGGCAACACAAUCAAAUAGCUGAAAAACUUAAAAAACUCAAUGGUCACUGGAAUGCGGCGACUGUAUACGAAGAAACGCGCAAGAUUAUUGGGGCUCUGCACCAGAUUAUAACCAUGAGAGAUUAUCUACCAAAAAUAAUUGGUAAAGAUUUUUUUGAUGAUUACAUUGGACCGUAUAGAGGAUAUGACCCAACUGUGGACCCAUCUGCCUCUAAUGUUUUUGCCACGGCGGCCUUCCGGUUCGGUCACGCAACUAUCUCCCCAGUUGUCAGCAGACUCAAUGAAAGCUACCAGGAGCAUGAAUAUUUUCCAAACUUGAUGCUGCACGAAACCUUCUUCAGUCCAUGGAGAAUAAUUAAAGAAGGUGGGAUAGACCCAAUCCUGAGAGGUGCAAUUGGAACAGAAGCAGCAUCUCUUCAUUCAAACAAACUGCUGGCAGAUGAGCUGACAGAGAGGCUGGUUGUUUUAGCUAUUCCACAACAGAUGGACCUGGCUUCACUAAACCUGCAGAGAGGACGAGAUCAUGGUCUCCCAGGAUACAACGAUUGGAGAGAUUUGUGUCGAAUGGAGCGCAUCAAAACACUAGAAGACUUGAAACAAGUUGUAAGUAAUGCCAGUGUUGCUGAAAAGAUACUUCAACUUUACAAACAUCCUGAUAACAUUGACGUAUGGCUCGGAGGACUUGUUGAGACGUUCCUUCCAGGCUCAAGAACUGGUCCUGUGUUUGCAUGUUUGAUCGCAAAGCAGAUGAAAGCACUUCGAGACGGUGACAGGUUUUGGUGGGAGGCAGAUGGUAUGUUCAGCCAACGACAGCGGGAUGAACUGGAAAAAGUUUCACUUUCUAAGAUUAUCUGUGACAAUACUGACAUCACAGAAGUCCCACUAGAUGCCUUCGUUUUUGAGAAGUACCCCUCAUCUUACGUCUCAUGUAACACUUUAAUGGCAAUUAAUUUGGAGGCAUGGAGAGAGGAAAAAAGUGAAGAUUUAAAACAUUGCGGCUCUCCGUCACAGAUAGAGAAUGGUGAUUAUGUACUUUUGUCACUACCUUCCAAACUGGUGGCCCUGUACUCCUGUUACCAUGGCUUUAAGUUAGAGGGUGAUGCCACGAUUGAUUGUGAAGGACAUCAAUGGAGCAACAAAUUUCCAAAUUGCAAAUAUAAUGCCAAUAUUUAG